UGGGAGCUGUAAAGCUAUUGGCACACUUGGGGAGAGAGGUUUAGCGUGUGGUGAGCUGGUGUCAGGAGGAAGCCAUUUUCUUUCCUACCUCCCCCUGCCUCAUCCAUUCCCUCUGUGGGGAGCAUAAACAGAGUGACUAUUCCUAGAUCCCAAGUAAAGAGAAGAAAAGAAAAUGCAGAAAGCAUUGACAAAAGCUGGUAGCUUCUGGAUUUCCAAGAAAGCCAAGGCAGAACUCUCUAAUAUCACUGAAGACCUCUCUUCUCUGUCUAACACGGUUGAAGAGAAGGCCAAAUGGAUAUUCAACAAGCUGAAAGGUAAACCGGUGAAGGCCUUGCCAGAUCUCCUCCGGGAGCACAACCUUCCACCCGGUCUAUUCCCACGAAACAUAACAUGUUACGAAUUUGAUGAAUCAAAAUCCAAGCUGAUUGUGUACUUCCCUUCUCCAUGCGAAGUGAGGUUCAAGGAUGCAUCGGUUGUUAGGUACGCAACUCGUGUGAAAGCAACAUUGUCAAGGGGAAAGCUGAGUGGAAUCGAAGGGAUGAAAACAAAGGUCCUUGUAUGGGUUAAAGUCACCAGUGUGAAUGUUGAGAGCUCCAAGUCUGACAAAGUUUGGUUCAUGGCUGGUGUCAAGAAAUCAAGGGCUAAAGAUGCCUAUCAAAUGCCUGGUGAUGCUGUUAAAGUAGAAGAAUUUUGAGCUUCUCACAUGUUAAGCUUUAGUGUUAAACAUGAUGUUAAUCCACCAAGAUAUGUACAUCUCUAUUAGUCUAUUAUGGGAGUGAUUAAGUUUCUUGAGCUUUAGGCACUCCCCAAACUCACUCACUUACAUACAGUUUUACUAUUCACAACUCA